AUGGAUGCGCAACCGUCUUCCAAGGGGGCUUGUCCGAAUGAUUUCACCGAUUUGCUGCAGCUUGCCGAACACGUCUUAGCAACAGAUGCCUCAAUGGAUGCCGUGUUGGUGACGAUAAUGCGCGCGGGUGUUCUAAUUCAGUAUGCCGCAUCCAACCCCGAGAUACUCUCGUCAAAAGCGCCCAUCUGCGCGGCGGCUGUCUGCGGCGGCUUGCUAAACGCUGUCACAUUUCUAUCUGCUCAUGACAUGGCCUCGCUACACCAGUCCAGCCUUGAUUCGAUUCGGAUGGUUUUUCGCCUAUGUCAAGUUGUUGACUUGAGGACAAAGUCGAUAUACAAUGGCCCUGGCAGCUGGGGUUGGUAUGUAUCCGGUGUGGAUGCCACCCGGUUGCAAUCUUUCUUGGAUUCGUAUCACGAAACUCAGAGCACGGCACAGAAUGAAAAGAUGAAAAUAGCCGGCACAGGGCUAGAAGAGUCAUGGCACACCGUCGUCGGUCCGCCACCCGUCCUGGAACACUUCUUCAGCACCAACCAACUGGUCAAGACGCUUCCCAGUUCAAAGCUGCGAAUAAGGGGCGUUUUACAUGUCAUCUCGGACGUUACCCAAGCCGAGAUCGAUCACAUAACCGCCGGAAUGACUUCUGUGCUUGCCAUGCUCGACAGCCCUGUCCCACGCGCAAACGUUGAUCUGAUAUCCAUAAGCCAAGGUGGUUUGCUCUCAGCGCCGACGUGGAGAAGUCUUCUAUCUCUAAUUGUCCGGGAUAUGCUGGGCCAGCCUCUUAACAUAACCAAGGGCCUAGGCGACCUCAAGUUGGCUCUCAAAGACGCCAUAUCGCUGCGGCUCUUCUGCGUGGGGCCUUCGGUUCAUAUCCCGACCAUGUGUGCGUAUUUGGAGUUUGAUUGCGACAAGAUUUUGAGCGUUGAGAAGGAACCCAAGUCACCAUAUCCAAAUGCUCCGGAAUCAGGGCAAAUCUCGGAAGAAGUAGCCGUCGUUAACAAGGACGAAAGCGAAUCAUUGGAUACGUUGACCAACAUCUCGGCUCAAACGGCCCGGAUGCCGAGUCCCACGAUAUCAAAAGCAAGAAGCACAACAACACUCACCGGCUGCGACGAGGUGGCCACCAAACCAUCGGUUGUAAGCCCCGGGGUUACUACCGGUGGUCCAAAGGCCAACAUUGUCCUCUUGCACGGCCGCAAAGCAUCGGGACCCACGCCACUCUUCCUAUUCCCAGACAUCACUGGCGGCGCAUUAAACUACAUGUUCCUGCAGCCGCUUCCCGAUGACCGGGCUCUGUAUGUUCUGGAAUCUCCGUACCUUGAUAGCGGCGAAAGCUUCACAUGUGGAGUCGAAAAGGUCUCAGCACUUUUCAAGCAGGCAAUAGUCGACGCGCAUCCCGCAGGCAACUUCUUCCUGGCGGGGUAUUCGGUCGGCGCCGUGUACGCAUACGAAACGGCGAGGCAGUUGAUCGCCGAGGGACACAGCGUGCAAGGACUGCUUCUGUUUGAUAUGGCGGUUCCGCUACUACGUCCCAACCCGGACGUGCUGCCAGCCAUCAAGCUGCUUUUCUCCCCGCCCAUGCUGAAAUCCAGCAUUUCGGCCAACCCGGCGGUUCAACGCAGCCAGGAAGCUCACAUGGCGCACAUGGUGCGCAGUGUUGCCGAAUACGACCCGCUUCCCAUGCCGUCAGAUCGCCGUCCGAGCCGCGUCUGGCUACUAUGGUGUAGCCGUAGCGUUAUAGAGCGGCUCGGCGAUGACGACUGCAAGUAUCUGGGCCAGAGCGGCUUUGUUAUGGAGCAGGUGCCUGGGUUCUUGGAGAGCCCAGCUAUUGGUCCGCUAGCUUGGAUCACAGCGCCAGGAAAGCCGCCAGGGCCGAAUGGCUGGGAUAGGCUUGUCGGUGGUCAAGUGAAGUGUGAUUCGAUUGAUGCUGAUCAUUUUAGUAUGCUUGUCACGCCUGAUGUCGCCAAGUUCCAGAAGGCGAUCCAGGAUGGUUUGGUAUACUGCAGUGGUGUUUGA